GUGGCACCGAGGGACGGACCAGGGCUGGCUGGCUCCGAGUGGGACUGAGAGUGACGGCGCCACGGACAGGUGCGAGCAGUUAGCUUGAGACAGUGGGGAGGCAGAGGCAGAAAGAAAGGAGAGAGAGAGAGAGAGAGAGAGAGAGAGAGAGCGCAUUCGCGCGCUCCUUCCCCUGCAGACACCCUCCUCUGUCAGAGGGAGAGGCUGGGGGGCUCGGAGAGGGGCGCGCACAGAAGAUGGCUAGAGGGACCCUGCAUGGCUAGUGGGACCAAGAGACGAACAGACAGACCCACUCAGGCACGGACCGCCAGCGAGAGCGGCAGCUCUGAGAACUGAGCGCAGGAAAGCCAGAAACCCGCGCUGUGCUUCCCGGUGGAGCAACAGACAGACAGACGUGGGAAGGGACAGACUGGCAGACAGGAGGUGGGGGCACGUUCACGCCCAGCAGCCACUCCAACAGAGAAGGCGGCGCGCCCCCAGAGCGUGUCCGGAGCAGCAGCCAGCAGCGGGGGUGCGGGGUCGCCAGCUGGAACCACCAGCGUGACCAUAGCGGUGGUCGCCACAGCCUUGCCAGGAUCGCAGCUGCCAACGCUGUAAAAACCUCCUUUUACCAGCAGUUAAAUAAAUCGACCAAAAAAAAAAAAGCCAAGCCAAAUCAAACAAAUCCAGCCAAAUCAAUCAUUGAAAAAACAAACAUAUUAAUAAAAGCCAAAAACUUAAUCAAGGCACCAAGACGCUGGGGGGAUAUCCACUGUGCGGUCAAGGUUGACGAUGUGUCACACUGUGUGAGGGAGUCGCAUGGCCAUGGGCCUUCCGCACUGUUAAUGGGGACAUGGGACUCCGCUUGCCUCUGAUCUGCGUGGAUUUUCCCGGUGCAGAAAGACAGAAGCCACUAGUGAAGUCACCGAGACCUACAGCAGGAAUUCUGUGCCAAAGGCCAUCAAAGCUUGCUAUUUUCAUUUGCGUCUGAGAGGAUGUCUGAGCCAGGGGACCUGAGUCAGGCCAUCGCGGAGGAAGGCGGGCCGGAGCAGGAAAGGACCACUCCGGAGAACGGCAUCGUCAAGUCGGAGAGCCUGGAUGAGGAGGAGAAGCUGGAACUGCAGAGGCGGCUGGCAGCUCAGAACCAAGAAAGAAGAAAGUCCAAGUCAGGAGCAGGGAAAGGAAAACUGACCCGCAGUCUUGCUGUCUGUGAAGAAUCCUCAGCCAGACCCGCAGGGGAAAGUCUCCAAGAUCAGGAAUCAAUUCAUUUACAGCUUUCCAGUUUCCCCAGCCUGCAAGAGGAGGAUAAAUCUAGGAAAGAUGACCCUGAAAGAGAAAAAGAAAAGGAUAAAAACAAAGAUAAAUCCUCUGAAAAACCCAAGAUCAGAAUGUUAUCAAAAGAUUGCAGCCAAGAAUACACGGAUUCUACAGGCAUAGACUUACAUGAGUUUCUGAUUAACACGCUAAAGAAUAAUUCCAGGGAUAGGAUGAUACUCUUGAAAAUGGAGCAGGAGAUUAUUGAUUUCAUCAGUGACAACAAUAACCAUUACAAAAAGUUCCCUCAGAUGUCCUCCUAUCAGAGGAUGCUCGUCCAUCGUGUGGCCGCUUACUUCGGGUUGGACCACAAUGUGGACCAGACAGGGAAAUCCGUCAUCAUCAAUAAGACCAGCAGCACGAGAAUACCAGAGCAAAGGUUUUGUGAACAUUUAAAAGAUGAAAAAGGUGAAGAAUCCCAGAAGCGGUUUAUCUUGAAGCGAGAUAACUCUAGUAUUGAUAAAGAAGACAAUCAGCAAAACAGAAUGCAUCCAUUUAGAGAUGACAGACGAAGUAAAUCAAUUGAAGAGAGAGAAGAGGAGUAUCAGAGAGUGAGGGACAGAAUAUUUGCACACGAUUCAGUUUGCUCCCAGGAAAGCCUUUUUGUGGAAAACAGUAGGCUCUUGGAAGACAGUAACAUAUGCAAUGAGACCUAUAAGAAAAGACAGCUCUUUCGGGGCAACCGAGAUGGCUCGGGGAGGACGUCGGGGAGUCGGCAGAGCAGCUCGGAGAACGAACUCAAGUGGUGCGACCACCAAAGGGCCUGGAGCAGCACGGACUCCGAAAGCUCCAACCGCAAUCUCAAGCCCGCCAUGACCAAGACGGCGAGUUUUGGGGGCAUCACGGUGCUGACCAGGGGUGACAGCACGUCCAGUACCAGGAGUACCGGGAAGCUGUCCAAAGCAGGUUCUGAGUCGUCCAGCAGUGCCGGCUCCUCGGGAUCGCUGUCCCGCACCCAUCCGCCUCUCCAGAGCACACCCCUGGUCCCGGGCGUGGCGGCCACUUCUCCUGGCUGCGUGCCCUACCCGGAGAAUGGGAUGGGGGGCCAGGUCGGUCCAGGCAGCACCAGCUACAUCCUCCUUCCACUGGAAGCUGCAACAGGCAUCCCGCCCGGAAGCAUCCUUCUGAAUCCGCACACAGGUUCGUGUAUCAUUUCCUCUGCUUUGGCAGGGACUCAAGACCAGAAGUUUGUUCUCGUGCUCAGUCUUAGGAUUUUACUAGCCAGUUAUUUGAAAACGAGAGCGGCCCAGCAGCAGCCCCGGCAGCAGCCCUCUCCUCAGCCGCAGCAGCAGGUGCAGCCACCGCAGCCACAGCCCGCUGGUCCGCUGGUCCCUCAGUCUGUCCAGGGGCUGCAGGCUUCCUCCCAGUCAGUGCAAUAUCCAGCAGUUUCUUUUCCUCCCCAGCAUCUCCUGCCUGUGUCUCCAACGCAGCAGUUCCCUAUGAGAGAAGACGUGGCAACACAGUUCGGUCAGAUGAACCUGAGCAGGCAGUCCUCAGGAGAGACCCCUGAGCCCCCAUCCGGCCCUGUCUACCCACCAUCCCUCAUGCCACAGCCUAACCAACAGCCCAGCUAUGUCAUUGCCUCCACGGGCCAACAGCUCCCCACAGGCGGGUUCUCAGGCUCUGGACCUUCCAUCUCUCAACAAGUCCUCCAGGCCCCUCCCUCCCCACAGGGAUUUGUGCAACAGCCUCCACCUGCACAGAUGCCCAUAUAUUACUACCCGUCUGGUCAGUACCCUACCUCAACCACGCAGCAGUACCGGCCCAUGGCCUCGGUUCAGUACAGUGCUCAGAGGGGCCAGCAGCUGCCGCAGACAGCACAGCAAGCAGGUUACCAGCCCGUCUUGUCUGGUCAACAGGGGUUCCAAGGCCUGAUGGGAGUGCAGCAGGCUCAGAGUCAGAGCGUCAUGAGCAACCAACCAGGAACUCCGGUGCAAAGUGUGAUGGUCUCCUACCCAACAAUGUCUUCUUAUCAGGUGCCAAUGACCCAGGGUUCUCAAGGACUGCCCCAGCAGUCAUACCAACAGCCAAUCAUGCUACCUAACCAGACAGGUCAAGGGUCACUCCCAGCCACUGGAAUGCCUGUUUACUGUAACGUCACACCACCGACCCCUCAGAACAACCUUCGGCUGAUUGGCCCACACUGUCCCUCCAGCACUGUCCCCGUGAUGUCAGCUAGCUGCAGGACAAACUGUGCGAGUAUGAGCAAUGCCGGGUGGCAGGUCAAAUUCUGAGCGCUCUGGCUGUGGUACAUUUCUUCAGAUAUUACUCAUGGCCUUUAUGAGAAGAGGAGCAAAAAUGGGAAAACUGACUGAGGACUUAACUAUUCACUCAACACUCAAAUGAUUGCUGCUGGUAUUCUGUAAAAAAAAACAAAAACAAAAACAAAGACUAAUACACACAUUAGCUGGUUAAUGGUGCAUAUUUCUGUCAUGUCUGCUAGGUAUGCCUUUAUAGCUUAGCUAGUGACAUGAAUUCAUCAAGGUAAGAUUUUCUCCUACCACUGAAUACCACUGUGUAGACCAUAAUAUCCCUAAUUUGGAUUAUUAGUUUUGUACUUUGUGUUGAGUUUGUGAUGCUAAAAGUAUUUAAAAAUUAUAUACUGAACUCAUAUUGUACCAAAGCUGUAAUGGAAAAGCAAAGAAUUGAUGACUGGAAGGAAUAAUUUAUAUACACUAUAGAGUUUUCUUUUUUUAAUGGAUAUAUACUGUAUUGUAGUGUUCAAUCAAAAAUAAAACUAUUUGACCUUAUGGAGGAAGGUCAUGUUUUUACCACCAGUUUGGUUCACUCUCUCUUCCAAUAUGUGUUUGCUUAUAUGUCACUGGUUUCCCCUUUGAGCUCUAUUUCAUGAAUAAGGCACGGAACAGAUGUUCCAGGGGUUUGUAAGUGAACUGGAAUCACAUUGUAGGCAAACACUUAGCCAACUGCAAUCCCUUGUCCUCAUACGACAGGGGUCCCAGCAGUUAGAUGGCAUCUAUUUCAUCCAUUUGUUGACUUCACAUUUUUGAAAUACAUACCUUGGUUUUAGUAUUAGGCCUAUUGAAUACAUGUAGCUAUUCUUCCCCAGUUAGGAAAACCUGAGUGUCUUGGUAACAGCAGUCCUAUAUCAAACCCUGUUUUACCUUCAUUCAAGUUCCAUCUACCUGGAAAAUAAGAUUUCUUCUCUUAAGGGGAAAUUAGAAAGGGAUGCUCUAAUUCCAUUGAUUAUAUUGGGUCAUAUGAUGUCACCUGCCACUCGUAUUUGACUCAGAGGCUGAUGUUUGUCCCAGUAACUGAAUAAGGUAAAAUAUAGCAAUCAUUUAGUCACAAAGAUUGAGAACAUUGGCAAAAACUUCUUUAAAGAGGCUUGUUCCAGGCACUGGCCAGGUAGCUUGAUUGGUUAGAGCACUGUCCCAGCACACCGACGUUGUGGGUUCGAUCUCGGGUAAGGGUGCAGACAAGAAUCAACAAGGAAUGCAUAAAUAAGUGAACAACAAAUCGAUGUUUCUUUCUCUCUC